GGGGUUGCCUACCAAAAACUACGUUAGAAUGACGACGACGAGCGGAUAAACUACCCAUCAGGGUUUUCUGCGCCGGGCGGGCCAACGGUCUUGGGGGUGGCCGCCGUUGGUUUCACCGACGAUGGCGAGCUCCGGGUCGGCGGUCGACGGUGUCGGGGUAGGUGAAAAUGACGGUACGACAGGUGUAUCCGGUGGUGGCGGUGGCGGCGGCGGGCUAAGGAACCCCCUGAUUUGCGACGUCUGUCACGAUUAUUACAACGAGCCGUGCCUGCUGUCCUGCUUUCACACGUUCUGCGCCCGAUGCAUACGCGGGCCUCACCUUGAUGGAAAGGUCUCCUGUCCCAUCUGCGGGCAACACACGCAGCUAAAAGAUGGAACACAAGUACCACCGUCCGAUCAGCUGAUACGUCAGCUAAUUGAGUUGGCCAACUCCAAGAACCCACCAUGUGCCAACUGCGACAAACGGGACAAGUCUACCAUGUUCUUUUGUACAACAUGUGGACAAGCCCUCUGUACACACUGCAGGGAGCACACCCAUCGCGCAAAGAUGUUCUCCUCGCACGAAGUGGUGCACAUGAGCAAAUGCACCAAGGACACGCAGCGUCGUUGCCAAACCCACGGGGAACAGUACAUAAUGUUCAGCCAGAGCGCGAAAUGUAUGCUUUGCGCCACCUGUUUUCGCGACACGCCACCCGAGUCUAGGUUACACUGCAUGGACAUUGAGAAUGCUUGGCAGCAAGCGUCCAAGAAAAUGGAGAGAGCAGUGAAUUCGAUUUGCGAGCUGCAGGCCGGCGUGAAGGAUGGUGUUCUGGCUCUGAAGUCGCAGUUGGACAAACUACGGCACAGUUUGGAUUCAGAGACGAGAGCGUUGAACUCGUUCUGCCAGGGGAUGCAAGAAGCCAUCACAAAGACACACGGAAGCACUCUGACGGAGCUUCAACGACAGUUCGAGACCAAGGACAGGAUGGUCCGUGGACAGUUGCUCUCGCUGGGCAGCGCGCUUCCGGUGUUACAGAUGCACCUGAUGUUGUGCACCGCGUUUACCAGCGGCGCGACCAAGUAUCAAUUUUUGGAGCUGGCCCAUCCGAUGCUGGACCGGCUGGGCCGUGUCGCCCAAUUGGUGCACCCAUCCAGACCGCCGUUGCUGACCGCCCAUCUGAAGACCAAUUACAGAAACGAUUUCGCCAGUCAGGUAGCUAACCGCUAUUCGGCCUGGCCAACUCUCUCGACUUACAAAAACUCUCUCCAUCUUUCCGUUCAUAUUACAAGUUUCUUUUUCACUGCAUUUCUCCAGAGCAGCAAAGCUCCGCAAAGGAUCCCAACGAAGGGCGUGUCCGAGGCAGGACCGUUCUCCAACCAUUGCAGGUCGUUCGACAGUCAGCUGAAGGAAUUGAAUCAACAGUUGCUGACAGUGAAGGAACGGUUAGAGGAGCUUCAUCGGGACGUGGCGCUCUUGAGACGGGCGAACACACCACCGUUGGGUAUCCGUUACGAGCACGUGGCCAAGGAUUGUCGUCUAUUGGAACAUCAGUUGGAGCAUCACCAGAUGGAAUUAGAGAGACUUAGAACUGUGUUCGACGCAUUAUGGGACGAACAGUUGUGCAGGAUUCAUAUAGAAAAGGAAAUCUUCCAUUCUCAGAUGAACGACAUACUGUCGUUGAGGAAUCAGGUGAAGCAGCUGCAGAACCUUGCCCAACAGCUGCAACCGUUCAUAAAAUCCUUCACAACGGGGGUCACGGCCGCUGAAGUGAGCAUAGCAGCCUCGGACGCCGCUAGUAAUCAGGAUUUACAAGUGUUGCUGGAUCAUCUGGCCCGUUUGCGGAUGCAGGAACCGCCGCCGCAGCCGCAGACCCCGGCACCGACCAAGGAUCACCGACAUUCGCGCAACACUGCCAACAGUGCCGACAAUAUCCUUUAUAUGAAAGAAACGAAGGAGAUGCCGACGCGCUGUUGCACGCCUUCCGACGGGGUCGAUGCCGUUCUGGACCCAAGCGGGAACAUCGUGAUCUACGGGCCUGUCAAGACCACGGACUCCAAGAGGGGCGUGCUCAGUCAGCUGAUAGAGAAGGCCCGUGGCAAGGAGGACCGUAAGAAGUCGCCCGGGAGGGAGGAGGGACGCGACCGUAGCCAGAGCCGUCGUUCUAGAAAAUCACCGGACGGCUCCAAACCGAAAACGCCACCGGGUCAUACGCCGGCGAACAAAGUCCGUUCGCUGUACCGUUCGCUGAAGAGCGGCAGCGGCGACAAUUCCGCGGAGGGGCUCGACCAACCGGACCGAUGCGCCGACUCCCAGCAACCACAGUCACACACGACUGCUGGCGAGGAGGGGGAGUACCAACGGAUCUCUGAGGCGUCCAGCCUCGGCGAGGCGAAGAAACGUGUCCAGGCGCAGGUGCACGCGGUCCCGGACGAGCCGUCGAUCCCGACUGGUAAAGGUGUCAAAGUGUACCCGGCCAGCGACUCGGAGGAUGUGUUCUACGCGGACGAGAAAGCGUCGACAGAGGUUAGGAGACGUCGUCGGGCCAGUUGCGACAGCCUGAGCACCACCGGCUCCGGGAGCCGACGUUCCAGCAUCGCCGAUGGGACGAAACAACGUUCCUGGGAAACGUUCCCGCGGCUGAAGAACAAACGGGGCGACAGCGCGACCGCGUCGUCCCUCGGACAGCUGAAGAAAGCGGACAGCUUCGAGGGCCACGAGGAGGCGGUCCGAACACUUGUGGCGGCGGUGCAGGAGACCAGGUCGCAUUCGGAAGAGCAAGACGAAUUAAAUAACGACGAAAGAUUAUACUCGGGAGUUCGUAUAUAUACCGAGGGAUUAGUCAGGGUGAGAAGGUUCACGAGGAGCUUUCAAUUAGGUGUACCCGGUCCAGAUAGCCGUACAAGUUGUCGAGGUAAUAGGGAGAUCCAAGCAGGAUAUCCUCCACUCUUCUUGAUCCGUGUGUCAUCCAAUAUUGUAGUCUGGAAAAGAAUAUGA